AUGGAUGGAAGAAGAGCAACGCAGAGUGUGAAUCCAAGUGAAGGAGAUGGUGAUAAAAAGGGGAAGGCGAAGGCUGUCGCUUAUGAAGUAAAGCAGGGUAAGAGUGUGAAACCAAGUCAAGACGAUCAUGCAAAAAAGGGGAAGCCACAUGUUGGUAAGAAGAAGAAAGCAAAUGCUCAGCCAGUAGAUUUGCUUCCUUUUCUACAGCGAGAAGAGAAGAGGCCAAUACGACCUAGAAACCCUCCUAUACCUGUAACACCUGAGGUAAUCCUUCCAAUUGAUCCAUUUGUGACACCUGAAUUUCCUCGGUUUUCAAGGCUUACACACUGGAUGGAUCUACGGGGCAUAUAUCGUGUACCGUUUUAUAUCAAUGGAAAAGAAAUUGAAAAAGAGUUCUUUCAAAAAAUGGACGAUGCAGAAAACAAUCUCAACAAAGAGCACAUAAAUGUUGCAUUUGAAAUGCUAAAUUGUAAGAGGGUUGAGCAAGGUGCUUGGUUCCGCAACAACAAUCUUCCACCAGCAGCAUGCUUUGUACCAGUCAAAUUCUUAGAAGAGGUUGGGUACGCUUAUGAAUCUGUCAGGAAGCCACAUAAGAAAAAAAAAAAUUAUUGGAGGGCUGUGUAGGCGAACUUGUGAAAGGUUUAAUACAUCCAAAGAAGGUAUGGCUGGAAGAUGUUGAUGUUAUAUAUGGUGUCAUUGAAGAUAAGUUGAGCUGUCACUAUAUUGGGGUGGAGAUACAAUUGAUGGACAACACAAUCACACUCUUCCAUUGUGGUCUUCCAAAAGCAAAUAUCAAACGUGCUCUUAAUCAAAUCCAAGAACUGGCAGGUAAAAAUAUUAGCUAAUUUAGAAAAUAAAAGUUUGUCACUUGCUGCUUGUGAUUGUGAUGCAUUUUUACAUAUUCAUUUUGUUGUCUGUUGGUGAUUGAUUUAUUGUAUAAUUUUGGGUAUUUAUGACAGUGUUGAUUAGUGCCAUAAAGAUGGAACUUCUUGGUGAAGAGGUUAAUUUCGAAGAUAUCAGUCCAUUUGAAGUUAAGUUUGCAGAAGGGCUUCCAAAGACAAAAUUUCCAUACAACUGUGGUAUUUUUGUUGUGAAGAUGCUGGAAUGCAGGUCACUGGGAUUGAAGAGCAUGGCUAAUAUAAAUGAUGAAACUGCGAUGGACUUACGAAGCAAGCUAUGUUGUGAGAUCUUCGACCAGUUUAUGGAUAAAGAUUUCCAGGAAGGUCAAAGGAAGUGAAAAUGUCAUAUUUGAUCUGUUUUCUACACUGUUUUUCUACUUUGAUAUUAACUAUCCCUAACGUUUAAGUUUAAGUUUGUAAUGAAUUAUCCCUAACGUUUUUUUCAUUUAGAUUGUUAUUGAAAAUUUUUUUAGGAUGUAUUGAUGAAUUGUCAAAUGCUUAUGGUACUUUUAGGAUGGGUUUCCAGAAAAAGAGUGAGAAAGCAAAAUGCACCAAAGCCUAGCAUAUUCCUUUAAAGUUUACAAAAAAAAUGAAAAAGAAAGUGAUCCGAUGUUGAUUGAACUCGUGAACUCUCGAAAGAUGAA